AUGUACCGAUUUCACCCCUCGGAUAAGAAAGGGAGGUGGAUCAUUCUCCGAAAUCCAAUCUGGAACAUGCUGCUGACGCUGAAAAUCUAUGGGCAGGAGUUUACCGACACGCCGAUGUUGAACUCGGACAUUAUGGAGAAGCUGAGGUUGAAUAAGGCGGAGUGGGCGAGGUGUGAUAUUGAGCAGUUUACCGAAAAAAGGGGUGGUUUGGGAGACCACAGCUUGUCGGCUUUUUCCUACCAGGCUCAUGCUUCCAAAAGCCCUAUGGCCCCGCCCAACUGGUAUCUCCAGACAUUCCCACCCAACCAUCCCAGCAUAUGCAUCAACUGCACGUACAUGAACGCGAUUGAGACGGUCGGCAAUUGGCACAUCGGCAUCUUCACGGGGAUUCUGCUCGAGUUUCUGGUGGACCCGUUGACCCGGCCGAGUCCGUUCUGGAUGAAGAGUUGGAUCGACAUGACGGGACUCCGCAAGGCUGCAUCCCCAGCUGGGCCGUUCGAGUUCUUUACUUAUCUCGAGCUUGUCUGGUGGCUCGUCUUUUGCGUGGCGUUCAAUCCCUUCCGCUGGAAGUGGGCAUUGUUCGUGUUCUUUGGCCUUGGCUAUGCACUUCCAGCAUGGGUGGUUCAGACUUGA